UGCCUUCUCAGUUCUCACAAUCCCACAACACAAAACACUGAUACAAACACCAUCAUAUUCUCCUUCACAAAAACAACUAGUCAUGGCUGUUGACUCAACGAUCUCGUCUCCGCUAGGCCCUCCGGCCUGCGAAAAAGACGCCAAGGCUCUUCAAUUCAUCGAAGAAAUGACCAAAAAUGCCGACUCGGUUCAGGAAAAAGUUUUGGAACAAAUUUUGAGCCGAAAUGCUGAGACGGAGUAUCUCAGCAAAUUCGAUCUCAAGGGUGCAACAGAUCGCCACACUUACAAAUCCAAAGUACCUGUCGUCAAUUACGAAGAUCUUCAGCCUUACAUCCAGCGGAUCUCUAAUGGAGAUCGCUCUCCUAUCUUGUCAUCCCAUCCCAUUUCCGAGUUUCUGACUAGUUCGGGGACUUCUGCCGGCGAGAGAAAGCUGAUGCCAACGAUCGCCGAAGAAUGGGAUCGUAGACAGAAGCUUUAUAGCCUUCUCAUGCCUGUCAUGAACCUUUACGUCCCGAAUCUGAAUCAAGGGAAGGGAUUGUACUUUCUGUUCAUAAAGGCGGAGACUCUGACUCCAAGUGGAUUAGUGGCACGUCCAGUGUUGACCAGCUACUACAAAAGUUCACAGUUCAGGACCAGGCCAUAUGACCCUUACAAUGUUUACACGAGCCCUGAUGAAACUAUUCUCUGUGCUAAUUCCUUCCAGAGCAUGUACUCUCAGAUGCUCUGUGGCCUUAUUAUGCGCCUGGAAGUUCUUCGAAUGGGGGCUGUUUUCGCCUCGGGGCUUGUCAGAGCUGUCAAGUUCCUCCAGCUCAAUUGGAGGCAAUUGGCUCAAGACAUUGCAACCGGAACGCUGAGCUCUGAAAUAACUGACCCGUCUGUCAGGGAGUGUAUUGCGGGGAUAUUGAAGCCUGAUCCGGAACUUGCUCAGUUUAUUACUGACGAAUGCUCGGGUGAGAAUUGGGAAGGGAUCAUUGUGAGGAUUUGGCCUAAUACGAAGUAUCUGGAUGUUAUUGUCACGGGUGCUAUGGCUCAAUACAUUCCUACGCUUGAUUAUUACAGUAAUGAGUUGCCUAAAUAUUGCACCAUGUAUGCAUCUUCCGAAUGCUAUUUCGGGCUCAAUCUGAAGCCUGUUUGCAUGCCAUCUGAGGUUUCUUAUACCAUUAUGCCGAAUAUGGGCUACUUUGAGUUUCUACCUCAUGAUGAUCAGUCUGCCGCUCUGUCACGUGACUCUCCCCCGCGUCUUCUUGAUCUUUCUGAACUAGUUGUGGGGAAGGAGUAUGAGCUGGUGAUCUCAACUUAUGCAGGGCUGUGUCGGUACAGAGUUGGUGACAUUCUCCGCGUCACUGGAUUCUACAAUUCAGCCCCUCAGUUCAAGUUCCUCAGGAGGAAGAAUGUUUUACUCAGCAUCGACGCAGACAAGACCAACGAGGAAGAGCUGCAAACCGCAAUCGACAAUGCCUCGGUUUUGUUACGUGAAUUCAACACGAGCAUUGUCGAAUACACAAGUUUCAGUGACACAAAAACCAUCCCGGGGCACUACGUUAUUUACUGGGAGCUCCUGGUGAAAGACUUAGCCAAUUCACCAAGCCGCGAGGUGCUAAACCAAUGCUGUUUAGCAAUGGAAGAGUCCUUCAACACAGUGUACCGACAAGGCCGUGUCGCUGAUAACUCAAUCGGGCCACUCGAAAUCAGGGUGGUGAAGAACGGCACAUUUGAGGAGCUCAUGGACUACGCAAUCUCAAGAGGCGCAUCAAUCAACCAGUACAAAGUCCCAAGGUGCGUUAGCUUCACACCAAUCAUGGAACUCCUCGACUCGAGACUAAUUUCAUCUCACUUCAGCCCAGCAGCACCGAAAUGGACCCCAGAACGACGACGUUGAAUAAUGAACAUGCAUGUCACAUGCCAAGGUGAAAAUGACCAAAACAUAAAAAAAGUAGUGAUGGUUAGGCACCAACCAAACAAGCCCCUACCGAUAGACUUAAAAUUUGUUUGUGAUGGUGAACUUAGCAUCUUUUAGUGUCAUGUGAAAUGGUAGGAUUUGGGAUUAUGUGUUUGUCUUGACUAGUGCGUAGGUUCAAAUAAUGAGUACGCAUGAUGUAAUUGUGAUUUGUGUAGGCGUACUUUUGUCUUUGUCUCCGGCUUUAUUCCAAAAAGUUAAGGAAAAGACAUUAAAUCCGUUUGUA